AUCCCCGUGUCUGAGGCCAUGGAUGGAAUGAAUCACUCUGUAGUAUCCGAGUUUGUGUUCCUGGGACUCACGGAUUCAUGGGAGAUUCAGCUUCUCCUCUUUGCCUUCUCCUUGCUGUUCUACUUUGCCAGCAUGAUGGGAAACCUGGUCAUCGUGUUCACUGUAACCAUGGAUGCUCAUCUGCACUCCCCCAUGUAUUUCCUCCUGGCUAACCUCUCAGUCAUUGAUAUGAUAUUUUGCUCAAUCACAGCCCCUAAGAUGAUUUGUGAUAUUUUCAAGAGGCACAAAGCCAUCUCCUUUUGGGGAUGUAUUACCCAGAUCUUCUUUAGCCAUGCAGUGGGGGGCACUGAGAUGGUGCUGCUCAUCACCAUGGCCUUUGACAGAUAUGUGGCCAUAUGCAAGCCCCUCCACUACCUGACCAUCAUGAGCCCACGGAUGUGCCUGUAUUUUCUAGCCACUUCUUGGAUCAUUGGCCUUACCCAUUCAUUGAUCCAAUUAGUUUUUGUGGUAGAUUUACCUUUUUGUGGCCCUAAUAUAUUUGAUAGUUUUUACUGUGACCUCCCCCGGCUCCUCAGGCUUGCCUGCACAAACACUCAAGAACUGGAGUUCAUGGUCACUGUCAACAGUGGGCUCAUUUCUGUGGGCUCCUUUGUCUUGCUGGUCAUUUCUUACAUCUUCAUUCUGCUCACUGUGUGGAAACAUUCAUCUGGUGGUUUGUCCAAGGCCCUAUCUACUCUGUCAGCUCAUAUCACUGUGGUCAUCCUAUUCUUUGGGCCACUGAUGUUUUUCUAUACAUGGCCUUCUCCCACUUCACACCUGGAUAAAUACCUUGCGAUUUUUGAUGCAUUUAUCACUCCUUUUCUGAAUCCAGCCAUCUAUACAUUUAGGAACAAAGACAUGAAAGUAGCUAUGAGAAGACUGUGCAGUCAUCUUGUGCGUUACAGGAAGAUUUCAUGAAUGGAUUAGCUA